AUGCCUGAUUUUGUUAGUGAGAAUAGCUUAAAUGCUUCAGAGCUUGAAACACAGCUUGCAAAGGCAAAAGAGGCCAACGAAAAGCAUACGCUCGAAGAAGAACCAGAACGGAAAUCAUUAUAUGAACAAUUAAAGGAAAGUAAAGAACAAAAACAUCUAGAAUAUCAAAAGCAAUUGGAGAGUCAAAACUCUUCAUAUAAAUUAGAUGAGAAGUCUGCAAAAUUUUACGACGAACUAAAGAAGAAUGAAAGAGAAAAGGAACAACAGAGCCUUAAGGCAGAAGCCGAAAAGUUGAACUUAUAUAGAAACUUGAAGAAAACUCAACAAAAGCCUAUUCCGAAGUCGUUAUCUACUACUUCAACUUUGUCUGCUGGUGAAAUACCUACUAAAUCGUCAAUAAUUUUGAAGAAAAGAAAGCUAGAGAUCUAUUCAAAAGUAACACACGAAACAGAGAAAAGUGAUGAUUCGAUUAAACCGGCCAAAGAGCUGGCAAACUCACCUGUUCUUGUAUCUAAUGAUAAGUCUAGUAAUAAGUCAACACCAGAAGUAAUACGACCUGAUGCAACUACAAUCGAACGUACUAAUACGAAAUCCAACACACUACAGGGUUUAGGUGACUACUCAUCAAGCGACGAAGAAUAG